CCUCUCAGCCCGUCGCACGUUGAUGAUUCAGAGGUGUUCGCUGCCUCCCUCCCUUCCCCUAUUGUUUGAGGUUUUGGUGAAGUGAUUGUCAGACACCGCAUGUACCGCAGGAAUUGCCCAUGUUGUGGAAUAACACUGACAUAAGGUAAAGGUGUGUGGGCACCACCGAUCAGUCUGAGAACAGGAUGUGAUGUCACAGCGAUAGUGGCUGCCAUUUUCUGUCCAGCUGUGUGUUUGCGAGUGGGGGCUCCCUCCUCACCCGCUCCAAGGACAGGACAUGUUUGAAGCCAAACCUCGGGCGGUGGAGAAGAAGGAGUCGAGCACCGAGACAGAUGAGGGUCUGGGCAGCAGCAGUAGGCAUUAUGGCUCCGGCUCACUGGGCUCAGGUUCGGCCGGAUCCGUCUACCUAUCCGACAGCCAGGACUGGGUGGUCUCCCCGAGCUGCUCUCCGGAUGAAGGCCCCGUCCAGCCCACCGCCAUCUCUCCCUUGCUGGCUGAAGAGACAUUUCGCUACAUGACGUAUCUUGCUUUGGAGCCCUCCUCUUAUUCCCACCCCGGCUCUCAGAGCCUCUCCAAAGUUCUCAGUGCUGAUCGCGUGGAGCAGAUGACCAAGACUUACAAUGACAUGGAAGUGGUCACGCAGCUUUUGGCCGAGCGGGACAGAGACUUGGAGCUGGCAGCUCGGAUCGGUCAGUCACUUCUGCAGAGGAACCACCUGCUGCAGGAGCGCAAUGAGGCCUUGGAGGAGCAGCUAGCACAGGCCCUGGACCAGGUUCACCAGCUGCAGCAUGAGCUCAGUAAGAAGGACGAGUUGCUGCGGAUGGUGGCCAGCGCGUCCGAGGAGAGUGAGACCGACUCCAGCGUGUCCACGCCGCUGCGGCAACCUCUGCCGCUUGGGGGAACCACCGCCGCCGCAGCCCUCAGCCAGCUGGAGUUUCUCCAGAGCAAGCUGCAGGACCUGGAGGAGGAGAACCUGGCACUGAGGUCUGAGGCAUGUCAGCUGAAAACCGACACCAUCACCUAUGAGGAGAAGGAGCAGCAGCUAGUGAGCGACUGUGUGAAGGAGCUCCGCGAGUCCAACAGCCAGAUGGUGUCUCUGACGGAUGAGCUGUCGCAGAAGAACGAGGAGCUGAUCAGACACCAGGAGGAAAUCGCUCAGCUGCUCUCUCAGAUUGUUGAGCUGCAGCACAGAGUGAAGGAGCUGGCUCUAGAGAAAGAGGAGCUGAGGAUCCACCUGCAGGCCUCUAAGGAUGCUCAGAGACAGCUCACAGCAGAGCUGAACGAGUUGGCGGACAGGAAUGCCGAGUGUGUGGAGAUGCUCCACGAAUCCCAGGAGGAGAUCAGAGAGCUCCGCAAUAAAAACACUCCUUCUGCCGGCAUGCGAAGGCACCUCUCCUACGGCCUCUACCCCAUGGAUUCUUUGGCGGCUGAGAUCGAGGGCACCAUGAGGAGAGAACUGAGUGUAGAGGAGGAGUCUACCUUUCAGGACCAAAGAAUUUCCCAGAAGCGAGUCUUCCAAACAGUGCGCUCCAUCAACGCCUCAACAUCACGGCCAGCUUCUGCAACCCCUCCUAUCCCCGGCUCAGGGCAGAGUUCUCUAGUGAUGACAGCACAGCCCUUCCCAUCCAAUCAGGGAGAGGAGGUGCGACUAGGCCAGCCCGGCUCACCGGGAGGAAACGACCUGACCAGGGCCCUCCACCGCCUGUCGCUGCGACGACAGAACUUCCUGUGCGAGCGCCGCUUCUUCCAGGCGGAGCGCGAGAAGAAGCUGCAGGCGCUGGAAGAAGGGGGCGGCAGCGGGUGCAGCUCGCCGAUGGGCAGCGCCGUGUCCUCUUUCUCCAACCUGUCGGAACUGUCCUUCAGCUCCAGCGUCUUCAAGACCUUCCUGCCUGAGAAGCUUCAGAUCGUCAAGCCCAUGGAAGGCUCACUGACACUCCAUCACUGGCAGCAGCUGGCCCAACCACACCUGGCCACCAUCCUGGAUCCCCACCCUGGCAUUGUGACCAAAGGUUUCUGCCCGCUGCCUCAGGAUGCUGUGUACCGUCUGUCCGACAUGGAGGAGGAUGAGGAGGAUGAAGAGCACCGAGGGGCAGGUGCGCUGGAGAAGGGCGCGGCAGAGCGAGGUAAGGAAGAGGAAGACGAGGAAGAGGAGGAGGGUGGGAUCGUCUUCAAGGUUCGUGUUUCGUCCACGCCGGAAGAGAGGAGAGACAGGAAGCAUUCGGUGCCACCUCUCCCUGUGUCGCCUCCCCCGCCAUCGCCGCAGAUGUUACCUGGGACUCCUGCCACCUCCUCCUCAGUCACGUCAGUCCUCUGCCUCACCCCCUCACCCCGACAAGCCACUGAAACAUCAUCUCAGCCCAUUCCAGCAGCCUGCACAACAAUGGUCCAAUCACAAAGUCAGAUUUGCACCUCUGCAUCCACAACUGUAUCUUCCUCUGUCAAGAACCCAGGAAAGUGUCAGAGCUCCACCUUUUCCACCUACACCUUCACGACUUGUCGCAUCCUGCACCCCAGUGACAUCACACAGGUCACCACAAGUUCUCAGUCGUCCAUCAUGGCCAACACACCCAGCUCCAUGAGGACAGGUCCCAGUACCCCUGUGACUCCUUGCCGUCUGAGUCUCGGUGACUCCUUUCCCCCUCGACGCCCCGCUGCAGCCCCCGGCGGCCUGGCCAAGCUGGUUCUAGAGAGGGGUAUUUCUGCACAAGUCUCCACUGACGCUCCACCUUCAUCCCCCAAACCCACAACGCGGCAGCCCCUUUUCCGCCUCCUCCCAAGCACUCCCCCUAACUCCCCCACCCACUCACCUUCUCCCUCCCCGGUGCCCAUGGAGUCCCGCCAGCACUCGGCUGACAAUUUCCUUGCCUCAAGGCCAGCAGAGCUUUUUCUCCAGGACGUAUACGGCUUGAAUUUGGGCCGUGCGCCACAUCCCGACUUACCAAGCUCUUCCCAUGAGCCCCCAGCCUUCGUCCCGUCUCCUAAGCCAGGCAGAGCCGGGCCUGACCCAGGCAACGUGGGCCUGGUAGAGAGGCUGCGGCGGUUGGGAUUCACCAAGGUGCUGCAUGGUUAUGAGUCUGAGGCCUCAGUGCCACGCCAGGAUUCUUCAACUUUUGUGUCAGCAGGCGGAGGAAGCCUAUUGGACGGUCUGAGGCGCAACCAGAGCCUUCCGGCCAUGAUCUGUGCCCGAGCGGGGAAGCCGUCCGCUCACCCGACACCUCCUGCUCACCCCACCUCCCUGGCCCUCCCACCACCACCAUGGGGAAACCCUAAAGAACGCCGCCGGCAUCUUGCCUCUGUCUCCCAUGUCCCAUCAAGUUCAACCAAGCGCUGAGUGCAGAACAUGACCUUCUCCCAUUCAUCUCCAUCUUCCACUUCUUCCCCUCAUCUCUCCUCCUUUCUGCCUUUGGAGAGAGGAGUCGGGGCAUCUUGUGGCCAGAACAAAUCCCUCCUUUUUCUGAAUUAAUUUUAAAGCACAAUUUAACUAAACUGACUGUUUUUAGUGACGCCGCAGUGUCUAUGUGUGUAGAUGUUUGCAGCAAUUCUAGAUAUCGAGGCCUUAGCUUGCCUCUGAGUGGGUGAUUCAGCUCUCCAUACCUUCUCAGCCGUGUAGGAAUCUUAAUUAGGCUACGUAGUUUUCCUUUGAGACUCUGGAUGUUCAGGUUCAGGUAGAGGAGGUAAGAAAGGGACAGUGUGUAAGUGAAAGAAGGUUUGUGGAUGUGGAUUAGAAAAGAGAUGGUCCCGUAUUAUGCAAAUUCUCAGGUUCAUACUUUAAUUUAUGCUGUCUACUAGAAAGUGGGCACAUUGUUUGAUUGACAACAAUGUGUUGCUACAGCAGGCUCUAUAUACCCUCUGAGCGCCCCGUUUUGGUGCCUGUCUCUUUAAGGCCUCCUCCACUGAUGUGGUUGGUCAGCUCUCACAAGCCUGAGCAGGCACCACUCGCAGCGUUUACACAUUUGCUCUGCUGGAUUUUGCCGCCACGUAAGUCCUGGGGGGCGUGGCCUAGGGCAGAGACUGUGUCAUUGUGACAUCACAACUUUACAGAAGUCCUGACAGCUCGUUUACAGUAUCUGAAUGGGGGCUGUUUGCAUUUCUCUGUGGACUGAACGUUUUUAUACUUUUACAAUAUUUAUAUAGCACCUUGACCUGCUUUUAUUAUGAAAAAAGAGGAAAUCGCAAUUUCCACAAUAUGGACCUUUUUUAAAGGGGCAUUAAGUGUUUUUGGAGAGGAAAGUUAAACUCAGAAUUUGGAUGUCAUAUUAAUGAGGUAAUAAUACAAACUCUGAUGUAAAGAAAUGUGUAUCUUUUACACAAGUGAAUAA